UGUGAUAGCAACUAAUUUUUCUUUGCCAACCUGAACAUUGUACUUUAUCAGCAAUGUUUAUACAGGACAACAUUUUGCCAUUAGGUAGUUUCAAUGAUAUCGGGUGUAAUCUGUUUGACCUUCAGGGAAGUAUAAAAAGCAGAGUAUUCUUCUUGACCAGCUGUUUGGGAAUCAGUUGAAUUUCUCAGUUUCUCGUGUUCUUUUGGUUUUGGGGGGUUGUCUGUGUGUUUGGGAUUUUAUUUUAUUUUAUUAUUUUAUUUGGAGAAAAUGGCAGCUUUAAAUGAAAAGAAGACCUGCAGCCAACGGAUGGAAAAUUUCAACCGUUUCGUCUGGAAUCCAGAUACAGGGCAGUUAAUGGGAAGGACCUUGAUUAAUUGGGUGUGGAUCAGUCUGUACUACGUUGCUUUCUACAUAGUGAUGACUGGGCUGUUUUCACUUGCCAUAUAUUCCUUAAUGAGGACAAUCAAUCCAUAUACACCGGACUAUCAAGAUCGAUUAAAAUCACCAGGGGUGACGUUACGACCGGAUGUCUAUGGUGAAGGAGGAUUAGAAAUUUAUUACAACAUCUCUGACAAAAACUCCUGGGAGAAAUAUGUCACAACUCUUCACAAAUUUCUUUCAGCAUAUAAUACAACUGCACAACAUGCCAACAUCAACUGCACAAGUGAGAAAUACUUCUUUCAAAAAUCAUUCCUUGGACCAAACAAAACAAAAUACUCCUGCAAGUUCACAUCAGAUAUGCUUGAAAACUGCUCUGGCCUGGAAAAUUCCACUUUUGGAUUUCCAGAAGGAAAACCAUGUUUAAUUAUAAAAAUGAACAGAAUUAUCAAUUUUCUCCCUGGCAAUGGUACUGCACCAAGGGUGAGCUGUACAGCUCAACAUGAUGAUUUCAGCCCACUUGAACUACAAUAUUACCCAGUCAACGGCACCUUUAACCUUCACUAUUUCCCUUACUAUGGAAAGAAAGCACAGCCCACCUACAGUAAUCCUUUGGUAGCAGUGAAAUUUCUCAACAUUACAAGGAAUGCAGAAGUUACCGUUGUGUGCAGAGUCAUUGGAACUGGAAUUACCUCAGAUAACCCUCAUGAUCCGUAUGAAGGAAAAGUGGAGUUCAAAAUGAGAAUACAAGAUUAG